CAGGAGGCCUGUUAGCGCUGCUUCGCUGCAGCGCCUGCCCAGCCCCGGACCAUCCUUGUUCCAGCUGGUGAGCCCCUGCCUGGCCCUGGCUCUGGCCCUGGGUCUGUCUGUAGCAGUCCUGUGCCUUGGCCUCAUCUGCCCUUGAAGUCACCAUGAUGUGGUCGCCACUAGACGCCCUCUCCCAGCUCCUGCUGCUCCUGCUGCUGGUCCAGAUCCGUCCCUGUAGGCCACAGUCACCGGGCACUGCGACGAUACGGCUGGUGGGCCCGGGAAGCAGGCCGGAGGAGGGCCGCCUGGAGGUGCUGCACCAGGGCCAGUGGGGCACUGUGUGUGAUGACAACUUCGGUCUCCGGGAGGCCACAGUAGCCUGCCGUCAGCUGGGCUUUGAGACUGCCCUAACCUGGGCCCACAGUGCCAAGUAUGGGCCAGGGGAGGGACCCAUCUGGCUGGACAACGUGCGCUGUUUGGGCCCAGAAAGCUCCCUGGACCAGUGCGAGUCCAAUGGCUGGGGCGUCAGUGACUGCAGCCACUCAGAGGACGUCGGGGUGGUGUGUCAUCCCCAGCGCCAGCGUGGCUAUCUUUCCGAGAGAGUCUCCAAUGCCCUCGGGCCCCAGGGCCGGCGGCUGGAGGAGGUGCGGCUCAAGCCCAUCCUUGCCAGUGCCAAGCGGCAGAGCCCGGUGACCGAGGGAGCUGUGGAGGUGAAGUACGACGGCCACUGGCGGCAAGUGUGUGACCAGGGCUGGACCAAGAACAACAGCAGGGUGGUGUGCGGGAUGCUGGGCUUCCCCAGCGAGGCACCUGUCGACAGCCACUACUACAGGAAACUCUGGAACUUGAAGAUGCAGGAUCCCAAGUCUAGGCUGAAGAGCCUGACCCAGAAGAAUUCCUUCUGGAUCCACCGGGUCAACUGCCUGGGGACGGAGCCCCACAUAGCCAAAUGCCAGGUGCAGGUGGCGCCAGCACGUGGCAAGCUACAGCCGGCCUGCCUGGGUGGCAUGCACACUGUGGUCAGCUGUGUGGCAGGGCCCCGCUUCCGCCCUCCAAAAGCCAAGCCCGGGAGCAAGGAGUCCAGGGCAGAGGAGCCCAGGGUGCGCCUCCGCGCGGGGGCCCAGGUGGGCGAGGGCCGGGUGGAAGUGCUCAUCAACCGCCAGUGGGGGACGGUCUGUGAUCACGGGUGGAACCUGGUCUCCGCCAGCGUCGUGUGCCGUCAGCUUGGCUUCGGCUCUGCUCGGGAGGCCCUCUUUGGGGCCCAGCUGGGCCAAGGGCUGGGGGUCAUCCACCUGAGCGAGGUGCGCUGCAAGGGCUAUGAGCGGACCCUCGGUGAAUGCCCCUCCCUGAAAGGGUCCCGUAACGGCUGUCAACAUGAGAAUGAUGCUGCUGUCAGGUGCAAUGUCCCAAACAUGGGCUUCCAGAAUCAGGUGCGCUUGGCUGGCGGGCGCAGCCCUGAGGAGGGUGUGGUGGAGGUGCAGGUGGAGGUGAACGGGGUCCGGCGCUGGGGGGCCGUGUGCAGUGACCAUUGGGGGCUCACCGAAGCCAUGGUGACCUGCCGACAGCUCGGCCUGGGUUUCGCCAACCAUGCUAUCACGGACACCUGGUACUGGCAGGGGACAGCAGGGGCUGGAGAAGUGGUGAUGAGUGGGGUGCGCUGCUCAGGCACCGAGCUGGCCCUGCAGCAGUGUCAAAGGCACGGGCCAGUGCACUGCUCCCACGGCACGGGGCGCCUCUCCGCUGGAGUCUCCUGCACAGACAGUGCUCCAGACCUCGUGAUGAAUGCCCAGCUGGUGCAGGAGACGGCCUACUUGGAGGACCGCCCGCUCAGCCUGCUCUACUGUGCCCAUGAAGAGAACUGCCUCUCCCAGUCCGCUGACCACAUGGACUGGCCCUACGGACACCGGCGCCUGUUGCGCUUUUCCUCCCAGAUUCACAACCUGGGCCGGGCGGACUUCCGUCCCAAGACAGGACGCCACAGCUGGAUUUGGCACCAGUGCCACAGGCACUACCACAGCAUCGAGGUCUUCACCCACUAUGAUCUACUCACUCUCAAUGGCUCCAAGGUGGCUGAAGGGCACAAGGCCAGCUUCUGCCUAGAGGACACAAACUGCCCCACAGGACUGCAGCGGCGCUAUGCAUGUGCCAACUUCGGAGAACAGGGAGUGACCGUUGGCUGCUGGGACACCUACCGGCAUGACAUUGAUUGCCAGUGGGUGGAUAUCACGGAUGUGGGCCCUGGGGACUAUAUUUUUCAGGUGGUUGUGAAUCCCAAAUAUGAGGUGGCCGAGUCAGACUUCUCCAACAACAUGAUGCAGUGCCGCUGCAAGUAUGACGGGCAGCGGGUCUGGCUGCACAACUGCCACACAGGGGAUUCAUAUAGAGCCAAUGCAGAGCUCUCCCUGGAGCAGGAGCAGCGUCUCAGGAACAACCUCAUCUGAAGCCAUCACUGCACACUCCCAGCUGCUGCCCACACAUCAGAUACCUCAGCUUAUUGGAGCCAUGCCCUUUACAGAACCCUAACUCAGAGGGAAAGGGGUCAGUGCCAAGGGGCACCAAGAACUGCUCAGGAAGCCUUUUGAUGGCAAGAUCACCGUACCACGAUGGUAUUGCUCCCUUGGGAUGGCUCUAGGCCUGUCCCCUAAGGGCCUUUGGUUUACAGAUUAUGACCUCCAGGCUUUGUUCAGCUAAGCUCUUCUUCCUAAAGAGACCCAGUCUUUCUUGGAUUUUGCCCCAGAGUUCCUGGUUCCGGAGCAAUCAGUUCCUUAGGGAUGGAUGGCCCAGUCCACCAUCUAAAGGGUGCUUUGCAAAGGUCCUGGAGGAGUAGAAGACAGGACCCAUACAGAGGAGGUGGAAUUAGCUCUGUGCAAGAUCAAAGCAACAAAACUUGUGUCAAAGUCACAACUGGCAGAGAAGUUUGUGAAUUCAUUCCCUUGCUUGAUCUGUCCUCAUUUAGAAUUCACCUGUCAUAUUCUCUUUCUAUUCUGUAGUGCCCUUACCUUAAUCCUACUGCAUAUAAGGGUGUUUCUAAUAUCCCUGGAAGCUUAGGCCUUAGGCAUCCCUUUAUCUCCUGGUGGGCCAACACCACCAAUUACUAAGUGCUUAAGAGGGGGCAAAUUUGCAGAGGUGGCCAGAUAGGGCCUUCCUGCAGAGCAGCAAGAGGUCAAGGAGAAAGACUGUUGGGUAAUACGGACCAUAGCCCCUGACAAGGCCUCUGCCAAAACAAUAAAAACUAUGUGCCAUAUACCUAAUAGCCCCCAAAAUAUCCCCUCAAGAUCACUGUGCAUUUCAGGAUUGGCCUAAAUUUCAGGGCUCGACCUAGUUCCUGAAGUGAACUUUGCAUUGAAUAAAUUUUAACAAUGGAAAGAACAUUGGUCACACAAGCUGCUCACCUCUGUAGGUGUAAGAAGACAGGUCAGAGAGAGGGGGGGACAGUAAGCUGUAGGGGAGUAUUUAAUUUAGUUAGGGACUAAACCUAGGAAAGGCCACCAUCCCUUCUUGAUGCGACUGUGAUAUGCUUUUGCUCAGGCAGUAUAAAAUCCUAUGGUCUUCCUGGACAUGAUUCUUAAUCUUUUCUCUACUUAGACACACUUAAGAGAUGAUCCUUACAGGUCUGACACCCCAGUGCCAAUAAAGGUUGCU